AUGCUAGCCUCACCUUUCCCAAUUUCAAUUCAACCACCUAGUCAUUUGCUACCAAAUAGGGGCUUUUCUAGUAACACCACUGAUACUGAUACUGAUACUGAUACUGAUGGUGAGGAGGAUUGGAAUAAUAGUUUUCAUAGGGGCUUCUCUAGUGAUACUGAUACUGUUGGUUCUAGUGCUGAUCCGGAGGAGGUUGAUAGAAUAUGUAAGGUGAUUCACGAAUUGUUUGCAUUGGAUAGGAAUAUGGAGGCUGUUCUCGAUCAAUGUGGUGUUCAAUUGUCUCAUCAUUUGGUUGUGGCUGUCUUGAGACGCUUCCACCAUGCUAGAAAACCCGCUUUUCGCUUUUUCUGUUGGGCUGGGGAGAAGCCGGGUUUCGAACAUGGUUCCACCACUAUCUUGGGGAAGACUAGGCAGUUUGAGACCAUGGUGUCGCUGCUCCAAGAAAUGGGAGUCAAAGGCCUUUUGACUAUGGAGACUUUUGUCAUUGCUUUCAAAGCUUUUGCUGCGGCCAAAGAGAGGAAGAAAGCUGUUGGAAUUUUUGGGCUUAUCAAGUAUUACAACUUCAAGUAUGGUGUCGAUACCGUGAACUGCCUGCUUGAUACUCUUGGAAGGGCAAAGCUAGGGAAAGAAGUGCAAGUUCUUUUUGACAAGCUGAAAGGGAGGUUUACCCCUAAUUUACAGACUUAUACAGUGCUGCUUGAUGGGUGGUGCAGGGUGAGGAAUUUAAUGGAGGCAGGGAGGGUGUGGAACGAAAUGAUUGAUAAGGGGUUUAAGCCUGACGUUGUUACACACAAUAUUAUGAUUGGAGGCUUGUUGAAGAGUCACAAGAGGUCUGAUGCUAUCAAGUUGUUUGAGAUCAUGAAAGCCAAGGGGCCAUCACCUAAUGUUAGAAGCUUUAGUAUUCUGAUUCAGAACUUCUGCAAGCAAAAACAGAUGAAAGAAGCAAUCGACUUUUUUUAUGAAAUGCGUGAAUCUGGCUGCCAGUCAAGUGUUGUGGUUUACACAAACUUAAUCACAGGUUUUGGAAAUCAGAAGAAGAUGGAUAUAGUUCAUGGAUUGUUGAAAACGAUGAAGCAAGAUGGCUGCACUCCUGAUGAGGUGACCUACAAUGCCUUGAUCAAAUUAAUGACGAGGCAGAGAAUGCCAGACGAUGCGGUCAGGAUAUACAAGAAGAUGAUCCAAAAUGGUAUUGAGCCAUCAAUACACACCUAUGUCAUGAUUAUGAAGUCUUACUUUCAGACAAGAAAUUAUGACAUGGGUCGUGCAGUAUGGAACCAGAUGAUUGAAAACGGGUGUUGCUCCGAUGAUAAUGCUUAUACGGUUCUCAUUGGAGGUCUUAUCUGCCAGGGAAGAAUGGGGGAUGCCUGCAAGUAUCUGGAGGAAAUGAUAGAGAAAGGAAUGAAAAUUCCUCAGCUUGACUUCAACAAAUUUGCUGCCGACUUCUCCCGAGCUGGCAAACCUGACAUACUUGUGGAGAUGGCCCAAAAGAUGAAGCUCGCUGAGGCAGCAGGAUAAUCAAGGGCCCAGCAGGAGCAUGAAGGUUUCCCUGGGAUUUCCAAAACACUGAAAUGGAUUCUAAUUCAAAGGCUCGAGCAAUAAUGGUUGAAGAUGCGGACAAUAGGAUCAGUGGACUACCGGAUGAAAUUGUUAGACACAUACAUUCAUUACCUCCAACAAUAUAUGUUGUCAGAACCACCGUUUUGUCCACAAGAUGGAAGGACAAGUGGACUUUCUAAAUUUUGUUAAUAUGCAAGUUCUCGACUUCUCUAUAUCUGGUUAUGGGGAUCUGUAUGUGACCAAUAACUACUGCAUCUUUUCUUGACAAUUGGAUUUUCACUUCUGUGAGGUGUAAUCUUGUUGAACUGGAAGUUUGUGUUUUAAAUGGAUUAUUCCAUUUCAGACGCCUGAGAUCCUUCUGAUGCUUGAGAUUGAAUUUGUCCAAUCUCAAUACUUAUCUUCCGUAUGACCCUUCUCUAUCAUGGUGUUUGUUUCCCAGUCUGAAGUCUCUACAUGGUGGACUUACUCGCGUAGACGAUGAGUUGAACAAGCUUAUUUGUUCCUGCCCUGUGCUCAAAGAGUUGACUGUACAUGGAUGUUUGAUUAGCCCUUGUCAUCAUGUCGAUGUAUUUUCCCCUGCACUAAAAAUCUUGAUACAGUUGGUAGUAAGGUGUGAGGGUUUUGCUACGUUCCAUGCAAUGCUCAAUUUGUAUAGUGAUGCCCCAGGGCUUGGAAACAUUUAUGUUGAGAAGCCUCUUCUGCCUACAAAACCAUCCCUUGCCAGUUGGCACUAUUACUUUACCAGCAUGAAGAGUUUCCUAAAAUAACCAAAACACUGGUAUGCAGUCCUUGGA